CAAACUUAUUAACAUAUAUUUCUACGUAUUGUACUGUUGCAUUUAACAUGGAACAAUGUACAAAAAAGUUAAAAUUGGAUAAUGAAAAAAAUGUAUCUCCUUCUACUAUAAACGAGGGAAAAGCAGAAAUUUUGGUGAGCGAUACCAAUGUAUUUUAUAACCCUGUUCAAGAAUUUAACAGAGAUCUUAGCGUAUUAGUAUUAAGAACAUAUAUCGAUGACAGAAAUGGACAAAUAUUAGAAAUAGAUCGAGGAAAACCUAAUGGAAUCGCUUUAUUGGAAGCCUUAUCCGCCACCGGUCUACGAAGUAUUCGUUACGCUAAGGAAGUAGAGGGUAUAAAGCAAAUUGUAGCGAACGACAUAUCCGCUAAAGCGGUAGAAAGUAUAAAAAGAAACAUAGAGCACAACGAUGUUCAGCAUCUUAUUAAACCGAGUCAAGAGGAUGCGACAUUAUUGAUGUAUCAAAAUAGGAAGAAUCGUUUCGACGUAAUAGACUUGGAUCCGUAUGGUUGCCCUACGCCAUUCUUGGAUGGAGCAGUCCAGUGCGUAUCGGAUGAUGGAUUGCUUAUGGUUACAGCUACAGAUAUGGCUGUGUUGGCUGGAAAUGUUCCUGAAACUUGUUACCUUAAAUACGGAGCUAUUUCUUUGAAAUCUAAAGCUUGUCAUGAAAUGGCAUUGAGAAUUUUAUUACAAAAUAUCGCUUCUCAUGCUGGCCGUUACGGGAGAUAUGUUGUACCUAUACUUUCUAUAAGCGCUGAUUUUUAUAUAAGAGUAUUCGUAAAAAUAUAUUCCAGUCAAGUUAAAUGCAAGGAGAAUGCCACUAAAAUAGGCAUGGUGUAUCAAUGUACAGGUUGCGAAAGUAUCAAUACUCGAUCAUUGUGCUACAGAAAGCCCACAGGAGAUUUUAAAUUAUUAUCUUCGCCUAGCGUGGAUCAAUUUUGUUCAAUCUGUCAGCAUAAACAGCAAGAAGGAGGACCUGUAUGGUUAGGUCCUUUACAUGACCAGCAAUUCGUCUUUAAACUUUUACAUAACUUAGAUAAUAUGCAGUUGAGAACAUCGAAAAGAAUUAAAGGAGUAUUGAAUGUUAUCUACGAAGAGUUGGACGUUCCGUUAUAUUACACGAUUGAUCGCCUGAUGUCCAUAGUUAAAUGUAUUACCCCGCCAAUAUUAUUAUUUAGAUCUGCGCUGUUGAAUGCGGGUUAUAAUGUCUCGUAUUCACACGCGUGUAAGACAUCUAUAAAAACGGAUGCACCAAACUGUGUUAUAUGGGAUAUUGUACGCACGUGGGAAAAACAACAUCCUGUAAAUCCGCAUAGAUUGUCAGUCGAUAGUCCUGGAAUAAGGAUAUUAAAUGGAACGAUAACUACAGAUGUUUCGUUCGAGCAUCAUCCGCUUGCCAAUCCAGCUUCCAGACAAAAUAAGUUGACUCGCUUUCAGCAAAACCCUAUUGUUAACUGGGGACCUGGCACACGCGCGAAAACAAGAAUCGAUUUAGAAGGUGGAACCGAGAGUUCGAAAAAGAUAAGAAAUCAGAAUAAGAAUUGUAGGAAAGAGAAAAGUCAAGCAAUGGAAGCCAGUAAAGAGGAAAAACUUGUAUAAAAUGAUCUAUCGGCAUUUGUACAGUUAACAUAAGUCUUUUUACAGAAAAUAUAAAUCUGGAUACAUACAUA